CCUAUAGAUGGGGCUGUCUGCCGGAGUGCAUCCUUCCACAUUUUCAGAUGUCUCUUGUUUUCCAGUUGAAGCUUUUUGCUGUUCUGCCUGAGCCACUGACAGUGUAAAUUCUGAAGUGGGAGGGAGAUGGAUUCAGGCAAUUUACAACAGAGCCCCUGACACAGCGAGAGUUUGAAAGCAGAGGGGUUGGUCAGUUUUUUAAGAGCACCCCUGGUGUUACAGAGAACUGACACACUGAGUGAGACCAGGUGGAGACUGUCAUCAAACUGGAUACAAGGAGUGACAGUGUCAGGGGAACACAGAGCUCGGGAAGUCUGAUCACAGAAAGGCUGCAGUUCUACCCUGAAAUAUCAGAGAGUUUUCAACGCUUGUGGACUGUGGCUGACUGUGACUGGAGAAUUGGAAACUAGGUGACAGGUCUUUCCCCUGAGGGCGAGCAGACAUGUGGUGGUUCCAGCAGGGAAUGAGCUUCUUUCCAGCUGCCCUGGUCGUCUGGUCAGCGGCUGCCUUCAUCUUCUCCUUCAUUACAGCUGCCCUGCUCCGGCAUGUUGACCCAUUGGUGCCUUACAUCAGUGACACCGGCACAACUCCACCUGAGCGAUGCGUGUUUGGGAUCAUGUUGAGUAUUUCUGCUUUCCUAGGUUUGGUGACAAUGUAUGUGCGAUACAAACAGGUAGAGGCUCUAACCCAGGAGGAGGAAAACAUCAUCAUCAGACUGAAUAGGAUAGGCCUGUUGCUGGGUCUUAUUAGCUGCCUGGGGCUCUGUAUCGUAGCAAACUUCCAGAAGACAACGUUAAUUCAGGUCCAUAUCCUCGGUGCUGUGCUGACAUUUGGAAUUGGGAUUAUUUACCUGUUGCUGCAGACCAUUAUUUCCUACAUGAUGCAGCCACUCAUCCAUGGAAUCGGAAUCUUCUGGAUUCGGUGUGUUCUCUUAAUCUGGUGUGCAGGGAGCAUAGUCAGCAUGUUUAUCUCCUCUGUCACUCUGUACUCGAUGAUCCCCACCAUGGACAUGGCAAAGAAGCUGCACUGGAACCCAGCGGAGAAGGGCUACAAAUUGCACCUGGUCAGUACAAUCUCCGAAUGGUCUCUUGCCUUCUCCUUCCUCAGUUUCUUCCUGACGUACAUUCGAGAUUUUCAGAAGAUCACCUUGCAUGCUGAAGUGGAUUUGCACGGUGACACUCUCUAUGACAGACUCCCGGGACACAUGCAUGUUGGCGAGCACAGUCCGCUCCUUGCAGGAAGCCUGUGACCUGAAGAGACAUGGACACAGCCCCUGACCAAGACCACAAGCUAAUCCUUCAAACCAGCCUUAAGUGCCUGGCUCCAGCCUCUCAACAGCUGGCAUAUUUUAACUUGAUUUUUUUAACCCUGUUUGUAUGUCACACGUGGACUGCUCCUCUGAAUGAAUCUUUACGUCUAUUUUUUAAGAUAUUAAUUCAAGACCGUUUACACUUUAAUUAUGAACAAGAUAUAAAAAUUAUUAGACUUGCUGAUAUUUCCAACUCAGUCUUGGUGACACCUGUUGAAGGUAUCAGGCUGUCUCAGCUGACUAGGCCACAGACCAUGAUGCUUUGCGGUAGAGAGCUCUGUUGAGUGAAACAAAGUGGCCUCAGCAACACUGAUGGGCCAGAAUUAAGGGACAACAUCAAAGGAUUACGCAAAGACCAAUGUAGAUUUAAGGAGACAACUCAGCAAUUCUUCAGAGGGAUGUUUGGAAAAUACUGCAGGGCCUUUCUCCCUGUUUGCCCAUGGUGAGAGUCUGUGGACUUGGGGGGGUAGGGGGGUGGCGGUAUCGCCUCAGCUCUGGUAUGUCAGCUGCUGCUUCUGAGUAUGUGACCCUGGAUUGACAGGGUAAAAGAGGAACAACAUUUAACAACACGGAUCCCAAACUGAUCACAGUUGGCUAGAGUCAAGCCGACCCAGUCAAUAACCAGGGAGCCACAUUCCAACACUCCAGGAUGAAUUCCAUCAGCCUGGAUAUUCUAAUAACCAGCGCUUAAUAAUGCACAUUGCAUGUUCAAAAUUAAUUAGCGAAGUGAGUUUAGCACAUUGCCCUUGGGUCACAUGUUCAAAUUCAGUCAACAAUAUGAAACCCUCCUUUCUUGCUGGCAUAAACUUAUAAAAUGCACUUAAUCGCUGUUUCAACCCACAGAAAUGUAGCAAGAAGUACAAAAUUGUUUGAUUCAGCAGGGGCAGGCAUGGGUGGUUUUUCUAGGACAUGUAUUCCUGGAUAAGGGUGGGAGUAAAUAUAGGAGGGAUGGUGUAGAGGGAGCUUUACUCUGUAUCUAACUCCAUGCUGUCCCUGACCUUGGUGUGUUUGACGGGGGAUGGUUUCAUAGAGUCAUAGAGUAAUACAGCCUGGAAACAGGCCCUUCGGCCCAAACUGGUCCAUGCUGACCAUGGUGCCCAUUCAGCUAGUUCCAAUUGGCUGCAUUUGGUCCAUAUCCCUCUUAAACCCUUCUCAUCCCUGUACCUAUCAAUUUUUUUUUCAAAAGUUGCUAUUGUACCUGCCUCAACCACUCCCUUGGCAGCCCAUUCCAUAAAUGCACCACUCUCUGCGUGAAGAAGUUGCACCUCAGAUCCUUCUUAAAUCUAUCCCCUCUCACCUUAAACCUAUGCCCUCUAGUUUUCAAUUCCCCAUCCCUGGGAAAAAGACUAUAUGCAUUCAUCCUUUCUAUGCCCCUCAUGAUUUUAUACAGCUCAAUAAGGUCACCCCUCAUUCUCCUACAUUCCAAAGAUAAAAGUCCUAUCCUGGCCAAUCUCUCCCUAUACCUCAGGCCUACUGGUCCUGGCAAUAUCUUCAUAAGUCUUCUUUGCACACUUGCCAGUUUAACUAUGUCUUUCCUAUAACAGGGUGACCUCACCAAUGACUUAUACAACUGUAACAUAAUGUCCCAGCUCCUAUACUCAAUGCCUUGACCGAUGAAGGCCAGCAUGCUAAAUGCCUUCUUCACCACCCUGUCUACCUGUGACACCACCUUCAAUGAACUAUGUACUUGUACUCCUAGGUCCCUCUGUUCCACAACACUCCUUAGGACCUUACCAUUUACUGUAUAAGUCUUACCUUGGUUUGACUUUCCAAAAUGUAACACUUCACUCUUAUCUGUAUUGAAUUCAUUUGCCAAUCCUCAGCCCACUUCCCCAUCUGAUCAAGAUCCCUCUGUAAUUUCUGAUAACCUUCUUCGCUAUCAGUACUUCCUAAUUUUGUAUCAUCUGCAAACUUGCCAAUCAAGCCUUCUACAUUCAUAUCCAGAUCAUUUAUGUAAAUCACAAAUAACAAAGGUCCUAGCAGCGACCCCUGUGGCACACCACGAGUUACAGACCUCCAGUCCAAGAAACAACCUUCUACCAUUGGCCUCUGCUUCCUACCAUCGAGUCAAUUUUGAAUCCAGUUAGAUAGCUCUCCCUGAAUCCCAUGCGACCUAACCUUCAUGACUAGCCUGCCGUGCGGGACCUUGGCACAGGCCUUACUAACGUACAUACAGACAACAUCCACUGCCCUAUCCUCAUCCAUCCUCUUGGUUACCUCUUCGAAAAACUCUAAAAGAUUUGUCAGACAUGACUUUGUGCGCACAAAUCCAUGCUGACUAUCCCUAAUCAGACCUUGACUAUCCAAAUGUUGGUUGAUCCCAACAGUAUCCUCUCCAAUAACUUGCCUACCACUGAUGUCAGGCUCAUUAGUCUGGAGUUCCCUGGCUUGUCUUUGCUACCUUUCUUAAACAAUGGAACAACAUUAGCCAUCCUCCAGUCUUCUGGAACUUCACCAAUGGCUAAAGAUGAAGCAAAAAUCUCUGCAAGGACCUCUGCAAUUUCUUCCCUAGUCACCCACGACAUCCAAGGAUGGACUUGAUCAGGCCCAAGGGAUUUAUCCACCUUAAUGCGCUUUAAGGCUGCAAACACAUCCUCUCUGUAAUGUGUGCACAAUCCAAAACAUCCCCACAUGUUUCCCUUGUUUCCUUAGCAUCCAUGAUUCUCUCCUCAGUAAGCACUGAGGAGAAAUAUUCAUUAAAAAUCUCCCCUAUCUCCUGUAGCUCCACACAUAGAUGGCCUUGCUGAUCAUUAAGGGGACCUAUUCUCUCCCUAGCCACCCUUUUACUCUUAAUAUAGCUAUAGAACCUCUUGUGAUUAUCUUUAAUCUUAUCUGUCAUGUCCAUGUCAUACCCUCUUUUUGCUCUUCUGAUUUUCCUCUUAAAUGUGUUCCUACACUUUUUAUAGUCAUCUACUGAUUCACCUGAGCCCGAUAGCUUAAACCCAAUGUAUGCCUUCUUCUUUUACCUGCCCAGAGCCUCAAUAUCCCUCGUCAGCCAGAGAUCCCUAAACAUGCCAGCUUUCCCUUCACCCUAACAGGGACAUACUGUCCUUGGGCUCUUGAUAUCACACUUUUAAAAGUUUUCCCUUUUGCCAGUUGUUCCUUUUCCUUCAAACAGACUCACCCUAUUGACCGCUGCUAGAUCCUGCCUAAUGGUCCCGAGAUUAGACCUGCACCAGUUUAGCAUAUUAACCUGUGGAUCUGUCCUAUCUUUUUCCAUAACUAUGUUAAACAGUGCUCCCUGAUGGACACUUCAGUCACUUCCCGACCUCGUUUCCCAAGACGAGGUCCAGUGUUGCACCCUCCCGAGUAGGGCCUUCUACAUAUUAAUUUAGGAAACUUUCUUGUACACGUUUGACACAUUCCACCCCAUCUGGGCCUUUUCCCCACUGGGUGGCGCAGUCAAUACAGGAGAAAUUAAAAUCUCCAACCAAUACUACUCUAUUAUUCCUACAGGUAUCUGCAAUCUCUCUACACAACUGCUUCUCUAGUACCUGCUGGCUAUUUAGGGGUCUUUAAUACUGUUCCAACAGAGUGACCAUCCCUUUCUUGUUUCUAAUUAUAACCAUACAGCUCAUUUAAUGACCGCUUAUGAAUAUCCUCUCUAAGCACAGUUGUUAUGUCCUCCUUUAUCAAAAGGCAUUGAGGGGACUUUACUCUGCAUCUAACCCAAUGCUGUCCCUGUCCUGGGAACGUUUGAUGGCGACAGUGUAGAGGAAGUUUCAUUCUGUAUCUGAUCCCAUGCUGCCUCUGUCAUGGGAGUGUUUGACGGGGACAUUGUCGGGAGAACUUUACUUUCUGUUUUAAACUGAAAAAUCAAGUUACCCAAAUCUUUUAAGGUGUAGAGGAGGCUUUACUCUGUGCUGUCCCUGCCUAGGAAGUGUUUGAGGGGCACAGUGCAGAGGCUGCUUUACUACCAGUUGAAAAGAGUAAAGGAAGCUUGACUGUCUAUCUUUGACCUCACCCCAUACGCUAUCACAUGAGCUAUCGCACUGCUCUGUUUACUGGAAGUUGAGGUUAGUGUUCUAGCUGAUAAAGAUUAAUGAGCUGUUACUGGGAAACCAGCUUUUCGUGGGAACUGUCUAAUGUUUAAAACAUACAAAGAGUGACUUGCCUAUGUGCAGAGAAUAAGCUACAAACCAUGGUCUCUGACCUAAAUACAGACCAGUGGUUAGUGUGCUGCUCAAGAUCUAGAUGCAUCAUGAACCUCACCCUAAAUUUACAUCUCCCAGUGUUGCAGACUCAUUCUCAGUCUCUCUGAUACUCCGUCUUUUACACAAUUUAUCUCUGACGCACUUUUGUUUCACUCAUUUGAUCGAUAGCUGUCUCACUCAAAAGCCUCUUCACUGUAUCUCUCAUCCAUUCAGUCUCACUCCUAAUCUCUCUCUCAGUCACGCUCUGUCUGUCUUACUCUUGAGAUCUCAAACCCAGGCGAGCUGUAUUCUUCACUUUUUAUACUUUAUCCUUUUAGUUUUUGACAAAUAGGAGCUGCUGUAAAAUCAACUUGUGCAUAGAGUGAGAAAGAAAACAAACCAGAUAAAGGGAGUGAUAGACAGCAAACCAGCACCCGAGGAAGUGGGAGGGGAGGUAUUCCCGAACAGUUAAUUUAUCAAACUGUCCCUCAGAAAUGAAGGGAUACGGAGACACUGUGUGGGGUGAGGGAGAGCUACAUUAGGGUUUAGUCAGGGAGAGGGGAGAGUGCACAGGGGCUGGAUGGAUUUUGUGUUCUGUUUUGAAAUGUGGCUCCCUGGGAGCAGCAAAGAUUGAGUUAGUGGGAAGGGAAGGGAACAGAAGGGAAAGCUGCCAUCUGUGCCACAGGUGAUAAUUCCCAGGAAGUGCAUGCAGUAGCUGGUCAUGUGAUUGCUGCAAUGACAAGCCUUCAGUUGCUGCCUCUACCUGGUGAAAGAAGGGUUUUCAUUGCUAUAGCACUUUCCUCCACCUUAGAGUAUUCCCCCAAAACUUUCUGCAGUGCAGAACCUGUUCUGAUACAGGGAACAGUGGCCCAUUAGUGCACAGCAAGAUGCCAGAAAGCAAUAAUGGCCACGUAAUCAAGCAACUGACCAAGCUACAGGGGAGAAAGCUGCUGUGGAAGCUUUCCCAUCCACCUGAAAGGACUGAUAGGGCCUCGGUUUAACAUUCCAUUUCAGCAGACAGCACCUCACAUAGUGCACCUUCCAUUUGUACUGGGAGGUGAGCCUAGAUGUUUGUGAUGAUGAUGUUUUUGAACCAUGACCAGUGGAUUCAGGGUUAAGUGUUACAAAAUGAACAACAGUGAGCGCUCCAGUCCAAUUACAGGGCUGUAUGGAAAUUCUCUCUCUAUAAACUCAAGGCCACCUUUUUGGGGUGAUGAAAUGAGUGUGGAGCCAAAGAUCUUUCCAACUGCUUUUGUAUUGGUCAGGGUGAGACCAGGAUAUACUUUGAAUUGAAUAAGACUUCCUGAGUUCAAAAAUAAAUCAUUUUCACGUCAAA